UGUCCUGUUAGUCGCUUCACGGUAAUCUCAUCCUAACUCAUGUGUGACAGCGCAGAAGUCCACUCUUUAGUAGUCUAUCCUGUGAUCCUGUUAAGACGACCUCACGCUGCACUGAAUUACACAGAGAUAGAAAUUCAUAUAGAAUUGUCGAACAAGCUGAGGUGAUAAUCUACUGCGAUUCACGGAACAAGCCAGGCAGCAACAGGUGGAUGUGAACGACCUACUUUGUUUUAGACUGGGUAUUUAUGGUUGAAGAUAGGUUGGUUAACUAGAGACAAGAGGAUUUGUUUAAAGUUUUGUACGGUACGUCGGGAGAGGUAGAAUAGGCCUACCUAUUCAACUAUAUCACACCAUGUGAAUGGGAACACGAGCGUGUCAAAGUUGCUGUAGUUUAUCAGCGGACAUAAGCACGUCUAAGUACACAGUAUAUAGCAGAAAGCUAUGGGCAAAGUCAUGUGUGGCUGCAUGAUGUUGUUUUUCUGUGUCCAGAUUAGCACGGUCAGCUGGACUUUGGCACAGGCUACUACGGCUCUACCGGACCCCUCUCGGCUCGGACUCCCCCCCGUACUCACUACUACCUCGUAUAAGAUCAACAGUUCCAAACCUCUUGUAGAGACCGCCGUGGAGGUGGAAGAUUUGGCAUGCGGAAAAAGUCACCUGUGUAAUGGCUCAUUAGGCAGGUAUGACAAUGGACGCUGCUUCGAUUGUGGCAGAUUUAGGUGUAAGUGUGACGAAGAGUGUCACAUAUAUGGAGACUGCUGUGUAGAUAUGGCUAUUGGCCAGGCCCCGGAAUCGCGGGAACACCACCCACCUCAUGUAGUAUGUCAAAGAAGAUACCCCAAGUAUAACAAUGAUGAGGCCGCUAAGUAUAUAUUCAUGAUUAGCAGUUGUCCACCAGAUAGCUUGGCGGACAUAGAGACGGUAUCCAAGUGUGAAAAGGCUGACGUGUAUGAUUACGAGCAAGCCACGCCAGUCACAGAUUUAGGAACAGGCUUGGUCUACAGAAACUCUUUCUGUGCACAGUGUUUUGGUGUACAACGGUACAAAGUGUGGACGUACAACAUCAAGUGCCAAGUUGGGUCUUCAGCCGAAGGAGCCCGUAGCAAGACGGAACUAUGGGAACUUGUACUGAAUGACACCCAAUGUACUGUGACUAAUUCUCCACCUAGCGUGACACCUGGGAAACUAAGGGACUGUAUUCUGGAAACCAAAAGACAGUGUAAUGAGACUGGACUGUGGGAGAAAUACAACAAGAUCACUGAAGAUCUCUGCAGAUCGUAUUAUAAUCCUGUGGAGUACUACGAUGACAAAAACAGGUAUAGAAAUGUGUUUUGUGCCAUGUGCAAUGGUGCAGAAGUUGAUCGAAAAAAGCAGUGUGUUUACAUUCCACACAGUCGUAUCAGACCUAGGCCACGCACCCACUUCACCCAGCCCCUCAGUGUUCUCAUAGACUUUAACGCAGAGUCUGUGGCCGAUGAUGCCACGUCAUACAGCACAGAGAGCCGCUGUCCGACUGGUCAGAUUUUCAACCCUUUGACGGCGUCCUGUAUCGCUCUAUCGUGUUCCCAGCGGAGGCUUCUCAACGGGGAGGCGUGUGAGCCACUGUACCAGAGCAUCCAGGGUCUUGGAUACAGCUUCUCCUUGGCGGUCACACCCUUGGCACCUGUAUUGGCCAACGCUACUGAAGCACUAUACAUUGUCUACCAGAAGAGGUUGAACUCUGCUUUAAACAAAUUUCAGCCAUUAAGCUUUACAACAAUACUGUUUGACGCUUAUUCAAAGAGCCCGGUGUCAAAUACCGUGCCACGUCUACUCAGUGUCGUGAAGGUCCAGGGAUAUGUUAUAUCUAACGCGGGCGCCGACAUCUACACAAUGGAGCAGGCAUUGAGAGAUUUGGACACAAUGGCGGUCAGUGCGAUUAUAAACAAUGUGGAAGUCCCGUUUCAAACUCGAUUCAUGAGCUGUCCAGAAUAUGACCCGAUUAUGUUAGAAGGUAACCUAUCUCCAGGAACGCACACCGAGUUCAUUUCCUCGCCCCGAUUCCAGAAUUGUCGUGACGACUCUUGUAUCCGAGGUGUUGACUACAUGCCGGUAAAUGGUGUCCUCGAUUGCCCUCACAUUUUAAUAGACCUGCCCCAGUCGAACAUCACUUUGGACUCCAGUAACAGUUCUCUUGUUGUUUUCAAUCAAACCAUUCCCAUAGACAACUCAAGCCACCACCUUUGUGGUAACAUCUUGAAACUUUGUGCCAGUGUUGUUUAUAGUAUUCAGGAAAUUUACAGUGCCGGUUCCCAGAACAAUACUUCUCAAGAGGGUAGUACAAGGACAGAGGAGAGCUUAGCCAUGGUCGUCGUCUCAGUCGUCUGCAUCGCCCUGUCCUUGAUCUGCCUCUGUAUCACAUUCAUCAUAUAUUGUCUCAUACCACAACUUCGUAGCUUGCCGGGCAAAAACACCAUGGCCUUGAUAUUUCAUUUAUUUUGUGCUCAAUUAAUUUUUCAGGUAGGCAUCCAGCAAGUACAAAACAGAACGGUUUGUCGCGCGAUGGGAGUCCUCAUCCAUUACUUCUGGUUAACUGCCUUUGGCUGGAUGGCCAUUAGCGCUUACCACAUGUGUGCUGUGUUUUCCAACAUGGCUGCCAGUAGAUUUAAUGACAGAUCUGCAGAAAGGAAAACGUUGGCCAAAUAUUUUAUCCUGUGUAAUGUAUUUGCCCUCGUGUUCGUGAUAAGCUGUAUUGUGUACCACGUGGCCGCGUCCGGUGGUCAGGAUAUAGGUUACGGUGAGCAAAUUUGCUUUCUGAACAAACCCUUGGACAUAGGGAUCUUCUUUGCCCUACCUGUAGGGCUUGUUCUCACCUUCAAUGUGAUCUGCUUUAUUCGAACCGUUGUUUCCAUCCGGAGAGUACCGGACAUGAAGAAUGCCAAGAACAAGCCAAACAGAAACCAUGUACACGUGUAUUUCCGCCUGUCUAUACUUCUCGGUUUUACCUGGGUGUUUGGCUUUGUCGCCGCUGUGGUCAGGACCAAUGUAUGGUGGUAUGUCUAUAUCAUACUGAACGGACUUCAAGGUGUGUUUAUAUUUGUAGCGUAUUGUCUCAACAAGAGGACUAUCAGACAGCUCCGAGCCAGAUUUAGCGGAACAGGCCAUAUUAAGUAUUCGCGACCCACUAAGUCCAGCUCAUCUGACAGAACCACCCAUUCCACAACAUUAUAGGGAUGAUACCAGGCCAACGGCGAUGGAAACACACUGCAAAAACAUUCUACUGAAUUUCUAGUCAAUAUUUUUAACAUUCUUCCACAUUUUAUUGUUUGGAUUCUUGUUAAUUUAUAAUUAUAUAUGUGUAUAUACAUAGUGAAUUCCAUAUCUUGUGGCUAUUCAGUAAGGACGUAUGCACCAAUCUAUACGUAAAGAGUUGGUGCGAUGGAAAAAGAAUAAAGAUGUA